AGGUCUAGGAGGCUGAGUUGUCCUCUAAAGCAGAAGGUAUAUUUAUCUCCAUUUCCCUUCCACCUUUAUUCACAGGCCAGUGGUAAAAUCUUUGAAGGAAACUGGGCGGGUAGAGCCAGAGCUGUUUGAAGCAGUCACCAUCUACUUCAGCGACAUUGUCGGCUUCACCACGCUAUGCCAAUACAGCACCCCCAUGGAAGUAGUGGACAUGCUCAAUGACAUCUAUAAGAACUUUGACCACAUUCUUGACCAUCACGAUGUUUACAAGGUGGAGACCAUUGGUGAUGCGUACAUGGUGGUGAGUGGCUUACCAAAGAGAAACGGCAACCACCACGCAGUGGACAUCUCUAUGAUGGCACUGGAUAUCCUUAGUUUCAUGGGGUCCUUUGAAUUACGACAUCUUCCAGGGCUGCCUGUUUGGAUUCGCAUAGGGAUUCACUCUGGUCCAUGUGCUGCUGGUGUGGUUGGGAUUAAGAUGCCUCGUUAUUGUUUAUUUGGAGACACAGUUAACACAGCUUCAAGGAUGGAAUCCACAGGUUUACCUUUACGGAUUCAUGUAAGUGGGUCUACUAUCGCCAUCCUGAAGAGGACAGACUGCCAUUUCCAGUAUAAAGUGAGAGGAAAGACUUACCUGAAGGGCAAAGGAACUGAGAUUACCUACUGGCUGACAGGGGUGAAGGACCAGCAGUAUAAUCUCCCAACACCUCCUUCUGUGGAGAAUCAGCAGCGGUUGCAAGAUGACUUAGCAGGGAUGAUAACAGAGUCUCUGGAGAAAAGGCAAUCUGAAGGGGUCCUGGUGCGUGAGCCUUCCCGGGUGGCGAGCUACCGAAAAGGCACCCUAGAGUACCUGCAGUUGGCCACCACAGAAAACUCCGGCACCCAUCUGUAAAACUAGAUGUCUAGUGUGACAUAAAAACCAUGUACAGGCUACAGAAGAUACUACAUGGAGGCUGGAGACUUGCAUUCUCAGGGAGAGCUGCGGGGAAAACAAGACUGUUCUCUCUUUGGGAAAUGUCUCUACCACUUGGCUUUUUAAUCAGUGAAUCAGAUAAACCCUUUGCUGUGGUGCCAAAAUGUAGUUGCCUCUAUGCUUGCUGCAUCUUCCCAAUCACCUGAUUGCUUCACCCAGGCACAUCCACCCUGAUUUGGGGAAAGAGAAAAUAUUGUCUAAUAUUUUUAAAAUGUGAUCAGCUGUUCAGUGACCCAUUUCCCAAAGUCUUCUCUGUAGAGUCUUCAUUUAUAGUGAUUUUAAACUUAGUGUUUUAACUUGUUGUUAUACUAAACAGAGAUUCUUCCUUAGCUCAAGUGGCAAUGGACUAUGUUUUUGGAGAUAAAUAUUAUGGGUUCCAUCCUCGAUGCCUUUCAUGUACAGGUUAGCACAGACCCCAUAUUUGCAGCCACCAAUGUAUUACAUUUACAGUCCAUGAAUGCAGUUUUUAUUAGACGUUUCCUCUCCUGCAUGGUUGGGGUCAUUAAUUCCUGCAUAAGUCCUUUUAUUUAAAUAGUUACACCACGGAUGAAUCAGUUGGCAUGUGUUAUUGUUUGUCUCCUGUCCACAUAUUCCAGUCCUGUGCAUUUCCUUUCUACCUAUAGCAUGGCAAAUUCAUAUUCAUUUACCCUCACUUAAAAAUAUGUAUUCUGUUUCUAAUUUGAAUUUAUUUAGCUUCAACUUCCAGCCACUGGAUCUUGUUAUGUCUUUGUCAGCUAGAUCAAAGUGCCCUCUACUAUCAGAAAUCUUCUCCCCUUCUGCUAUUUCAAUCCCAAAUUGUUCCUGCUUGUUUUAAAAACAAACUGCAAGGCAUUGCAUUCCAAAUGGCUUAGUGAGACAUACUUCUGCCCCCAACUGGAGAAGAUUUUGGUUGCACCUUUCACUUGCUCAUUUGAAGUCAUCUCACCAAAUACAACCUACAGCUGUCUUUGAUCAGAGUAUCAGAGUGGUAGCCGUGUUAGUCUGGAUCUGUAAAAGCAGCAAAGAGUCCUGUGG